AUGUCUCUCUGCUCCCCUCUAAAGAUCCUCCCGGGAGCUUCAUCAUCAUCUUCUUCCUCUACUGCUUCUUCACAAAUCCGCCCACCCUCUCUCAGUCUCUCUGCUUCACUUUCGGAGGAGCUCAGAGUGGAAGAAUGCGGCUCUCCUCGGGUGGGAGCAAAGGAAAGCUCUUUCUAUUGCACUGAGCAACCAGCACAGAGCAGCUACUCCCGUGAAGACAAGCUAUGUUUAUUGCUACACUAG